AUGUUGGCAUGUAAUUGGAUUCCACCUCUCAAGCGUAGAUUGCUAUGGGGUGGCAGUGAAAAUGAAAAGAGCUCCUUGAGCGACAUUUCUUUACGCGCUAUGCUUCGGCAACGAGAAAAAAGCUUUCGUAUAGUUAAAUUACAAUAUUUCAUCGCUGUUUUUUACAAACUUUUGGGUGUUUAUGUUUACCGUAGCAAAAAAAAAGAUCUCAGUUUGCUCAAGAAAAAUAUACAAAUGUGUGUAGUGUGCGAGAGCGAAAUGAGAUUUUUUUCUUCCUGCUUUUGCGGGUCUGGAGGGCUUCAGCAUAUCUUUGCUGUUUCCUGCUGUGUUGAUAUGGCAGCUCAAAGUGUUGCUGCCGGUCAUUGUAAACCUUUGAAGGAGAAAAAAAAUAAAAAGAAGUUUUUUUUUCGACAAAAAGUGUCAGAUUUCGAUUGGUCUCCUACUCAAACUUAUAAACAACGAACUAUGUUCAUAGUUGGAUUAAAGUUUUUACCUUCAGCAAAAACUUUCUAUGCUGCCAAAGCUGGUAGCAUCUUAAAACUUAUUUAA